GGGGCCGCCCCGCCCUGCCCGGCUCCCGGCCCGACUCCCCGCGGGACGGAGCGGGGGCGGCGCGGCCGCUGCGGUCCCGCCGCGGUCGGAGCUCGGGGCCGCCCCCGGGGGCCGCCGGCUGAACCCCCAGGGGCUCCCGGUGUGCCGAGGGUACCGCGGAGCCGCGCCCGGGGCUCGGGCCUUCUCCACAAGCUGCAGCUCUGCUCAGUGGCUGAUCCAGCUUGGGCACCCACGGAAGGAUCUACCCUGGACUUCACCCAUAUGGUGCAGCUGAUCUGGGUCAUGGUCACAGCACCACCACACCAGACAGAGAUGUAGAUGGCAGCUGCUGCCUUUGAAGGACUCGUCUGACCCUGUGCAGCACCUCCAGUUGCUACCAUGAUCUUCUGCAUGCUGCUGCUGGCCUCCCUGCCUGAGCCCUCUGGCACCGAAGUCAACCCUGCAAUCUGUCGUUACCCCCUGGGGAUGCACGAGGGGACCAUCCGGGAUGAGGACAUCACUGCCUCCAGCCAGUGGUACGACUCCACAGGGCCCCAGUAUGCACGGUUGCAGAGGGAAGAAGGGGAUGGAGCCUGGUGCCCAGCGGGUCUGCUGGAGCCUGAAGAUGUGCAGUUCCUGCAGAUUGACCUGCACAAGCUGUUCUUCAUCACCCUGGUGGGCACCCAGGGCCGGCACGCCCGCGCCACGGGCAAGGAGUUUGCCCGCGCCUACCGCAUCGACUACAGCCGCAACGGGGAGCGCUGGAUCUCCUGGAGGGACCGCCAGGGCAGGAAGGUGAUCGACGGCAACACCGACACCUACGACGUGGUGCUGAAGGACCUGCGGCCGCCCAUCAUCGCGCGCUUCGUGCGCCUGAUCCCGGUCACCAGGGCGCCCAUGACGGUGUGCAUGAGGGUGGAGCUGUACGGCUGCGUGUGGCACGAUGGUUUGGCAUCCUACAGCAUCCCUGAAGGAGGGACAAUAGCAGCUCCUGGCUUCCCCAUCGUUUAUCUGAAUGACUCAACCUACGAUGGCUACCAGGAACGCAGGCACCUGUAUGGAGGGCUGGGCCAGCUCACAGACGGAGUGCUGGGGCUGGAUGACUUCACCCAGAGCCACCAGUACCGCGUGUGGCCAGGCUACGACUACGUGGGCUGGAGGAACGAGAGCUUCAGCACGGGCGCCGUGGAAAUGGAGUUCCAGUUUGACCGCCCCCGGAACUUCACCUCCAUGAAGGUGCACUGUAACAACAUGUUUUCCAAGGGGGUGAAGAUUUUCCAGAGGGUGGAGUGCCUGUUCAAGCCCCGCCUGAUCGCAGACUGGGAGCCCGAGCCUGUGGGGGUGGCCACGGUGCUGGAUGACAAAAACCCCAGUGCCAGGUUCGUGACCGUGCCCCUGCAGCAGCGCGUGGGCAAGGCCAUCCUGUGCCGCUUCUUCUUCGCCGACACCUGGAUGAUGAUGAGCGAGAUUUCCUUCCAGUCAGACAUGGAAAGUGUGAAUCCCAGUUUCGUUACGGUAGCCACAAGCACCACGGAUCUCCUGGAAACGGAGCACAACGUUACUGAGGGCACCUGGGGAACCACAUCUUCUGUAACCAGCACCUGGAUAGGGGAGAAGGCAGAUGACUCCAACACCUCCAUCCUCGUGGGCUGCCUUGUGGCUAUUAUUCUGCUGCUCCUGAUGAUUAUAAUCAUCAUUCUUUGGAAGCAAUAUGUUCAAAAAAGGUUGGAAAAGGCCCCACGUCGAAUCCUGGAGGAGGAUGCCACUGUUCGCCUCUCCUUCUACAGCUACACCAUUGCCAACAACCAGACCCAGAUCCACCAGUCAAAUCCCACCUAUGAACGUGCUUUCCCACUGGAUUUGGAAUAUCACCAGCCAGCUACACUGCUCCAAAAGCUUCCAGAGCUCUCUCAAAGCGCAGAGGAUUCAGUGUGCAGUGGGGACUAUGCUGAGCCCGACCUGACCAAGUCCACGCCUCACCAAGGCUUCCAGAACAACGUGCCCCACUACGCCGAGACAGACAUCGUGCACCUGCAGGGCGUGACGGGCAACAACAUGUACGCGGUGCCGGCGCUCACCGUGGACUCCCUCACCAAGAAGGACAUCUCCGUGGGGGAGUUCCCCCGGCAGCAGCUGCGCCUCAAGGAGAAGCUGGGGGAAGGGCAGUUUGGAGAGGUGCACCUCUGUGAAGCUGAUGGCCUGCUGGAAUUCCUGGGAGUCUCAUCCUCAGAAUUCACUCACCAGCCGGUUCUUGUGGCAGUGAAAAUGCUGAGAUCAGAUGUCAACAAAACAGCCAGGAAUGAUUUCCUGAAGGAGAUCAAGAUCAUGUCCCGGCUGAAGAACCCCAACAUCAUCCGGCUGCUGGGCGUGUGCGUGCGGGACGACCCCCUGUGCAUGAUAACAGAGUACAUGGAGAAUGGAGACCUCAACCAGUUCCUGUCCCAGAGGGAGAUCUACAGCAAGUUUGCCAUUUCAAACAACAUCCCCUGUGUCACCCACUCCAACCUGCUGUACAUGGCCACCCAGAUCGCCUCGGGGAUGAAGUACUUGGCAUCUCUGAACUUUGUGCACAGGGAUCUGGCAACUCGCAACUGCCUGGUGGGGAACAACUACACCAUCAAGAUUGCAGACUUUGGCAUGAGCAGGAACCUUUACAGUGGGGAUUACUACAGGAUCCAGGGGAGAGCCGUGCUGCCCAUCCGUUGGAUGGCCUGGGAGAGCAUCCUGCUGGGCAAGUUCACCACGGCCAGCGACGUGUGGGCGUUCGGGGUGACGCUGUGGGAGAUGUUUGUGCUGUGCAAGGAGCAGCCCUACAGCCUCCUGACGGACGAGCAGGUCAUCGAGAACACGGGCGAGUUCUUCCGCAGCCAGGGCAGGCAGAUCUAUCUCUCCCAGACUCCUCUGUGUCCUAACCCUGUGUUUGACCUGAUGCUGAAAUGCUGGAGCAGGGAUAUCAAAGAUCGUCCCACUUUUGACAUGAUCCACCUGUUCCUGCUAGAACAAAUGGAAUCAAACAUUUGACUCCAGGAAAGAGGCAAACUGUGGAGAACAGAGUGACUUUGGGGUCUCUUUGCCUGUCCCUCACAGUCAGGCCACCUCGCUCCCCUCCCUGACUGGGCCCUAUUCACUUGGGACGUCCAUGGCAGCUGCUCAUUCUCUUGGCCAUGGUCUGACACACAGGACCAGAGGAUCUCAUUUGGUUGUAAAAUCAUCUCCUCUUCUGAAUCAUUUCCUGGGAAUACUGUGAGAGGGGUUUUAUUGAAUGCCCAUACACCUUUGGGCAAAAGGAAUGAGUGAAACUUGGAGGGACUUGGAGCUCUCUGCUGGCUGGAAGAGAAGGCGCCGGUCGGUGAGAGUGCUGCCACUCAACAGCAGGUUUCUGGAAGGAAGGACUGCAGCCUUCUAGAGCUAUUCCAUGGAAUCUGAUGGAAGUCUUGUGCACAUGAGCAAGUGUUUCUGUGUGCUCUUGCUACAGACAAUGGUGAGAGGCCAGAAACAUCUGGAGCUGGGAAAUGGUUUAAUGGACUUGGGAACUGACGGAGCAUUUAGGAACCCUUUGGGAGUGACUUCCAGGGUCCACAGAAGAUGCUGAAACAAGAGUCCAAGAUGAUGUUCUGUUUUCCUGUGGUUGUUAAGCACUGCUUUGGUUAUAUAUGUGCGUUUUCCCCACACUGGAUUUUUUUGUUGUUGUUUUCUAGAAAAAAUGAUUUUAAAAUGAAUGUUAAAGGUCAUUGGGAGGUCACUGUGUUAGAAGGUCUUCCUUUGACCUACAAAUUAAGGUUAGGGUAGGGAGUUUGUAUUGAGAAGUAGCUGAUACUGUACUACUGUCACUAUGUAGAUUUAUUAACCUAAUGAACUUGUAGCCACAAUGGACUGAUGUGCAAUUAAUCCUGUAUAAUUACCCAUCAAUAUGAGAUCUCUAAAUCAAUGCUGUUACGUGUGAGAGGGAACUUAGAUUUGGUGGAACCAGGUGGCCGAGAGCAGAACCCUCUUUGUCACUUGUCACAGCUCCCACGAGGGGGACAGGAGGAGCACACGGCUCACAGGGGUGUCUGGAGCCAGAGGUUCCUCUCCAGGUGUGCAGCAGGUUGGUGCCAGGCAGGGCCAGCUCAGGCCAGGCUCUGUCACUGCUGUGUCACACGAGUCCCCAGGGCUGGGCUGGCACGUCCCCUGCUGUGGCCUGUCCUUUAGCUCAUUGAACUUGGGGUUGCUUUUUGUGUGUCCUGUCACAAACAGCUCAUUCUCUGGAGGGUUUUAGAGGGCUCUGAAAUCCAUUUGGAGCAAGUUAGAGAAUUCAGUGUGUUUCUACAAUAAAUCCAUUGUGGAUUUACCAGGUGCCUGGGGAAUACUCUGCUAUUCCCUCUCUAAUCAUUUAGCAAGAUACUUAGGACCAAACCAAAUAUUUCAUAAGCUGGGAGAAGAUGAAAGCUCAGCACUUGGCUUUUUUUUUAAAGUACAAUCCAGCAUAAAAUGUAUUUCCAGUAAAGAUUAUAAAGAUAAUUUUCAUCUUAGCCACAAGCAUAGAUGACUGGCUGGCUGUGCUGCAAGAUGGCACUGCUGAGAGGGGAAUGUCUGAGUGGUUACAACACAGGGAUAAUUGUGCUAAAAGAAAAAUCCUGCUUCUGAAUGGGCAGAUGCCAGGCUGGAGCGUGGCAUGGCUGUGCCUGCUCCUUGGGAAGGCUCCAGCCAUGCCUGGGCUGUCCUGCUGGGGAUGUGUCCCCACCCCAGCUGCUCCUCUGAGCCCCUUCAGGCCUCAGGAGCCAGAGGGCCCAAGUGCUCUCAUGUCUCUGCAGGGAUUCCUGGGAUCUCACCCCCAAACAGGUUUUCUUUCCCCCUCUGUGACUGGAGGGGCUUGGGGGGAGCUGCCCUUCCCUGCGGGAGUCAGGGCCAGCAGGUCCCUGCUGCAGCCUGCUGGGUCCUGUUGUCCAGCAAACCACUCAGGCAGGUAUUUCUGGAGCAUCCCUGCCCCAGAAAUGUCCCCAGUGCCACCCAGCCACGUGUGUGGUCUCCUGUGCCCCAGAGCUGGGAGCUCCCAGGGCGUGGAGUGUCCCUGGACGGGCUCUGUGACAUCUGGACAUGCUGUUCCUCCAUUGACAUGGUGACAUACAAAGUUUGUCUCAUAUCAAUAAAUUCUAACGAUAACCUUGACAAAAGUGAAUCUCCACUUCUUU